CGGCGGAUCGCUUGACUGUGAACUUGUGCUGACUAUUGAGCUACUGAAGAGGAUGGGGGGAAUCGAAAGGUUCGGACCCGAAGAUCUGAUUGUUGUUGAUUUGAUUAUCUUAGCUUACACUGAUCUCGAACUCUUCGAGCAUAUCCUGAUCAUAUACAUCGCAUCGUCUUGCCCAUCAUGGCCGACAUUCAAGCUAUCGCGGAGCAGUUCACCAACUACUACUACCAGACCUUUGACCAGAGCGGCAAGGAUCGAUCUUCGCUCACCCCUCUUUACAGGGAGAACUCGAUGCUCAGCUGGGAGGGGGAGCAGAUCAUGGGUAACACGGCUAUCAUCGCCAAGCUCAACUCCCUUCCUUUCGAGAAGGUUCAGCACAAGGUCACCACUUCCGACGCUCAGCCUUCGUCGGCUACCGUCGCCUCGCUCAUCGUCCUCGUGACCGGACAGCUGAUCGUCGACGACUCGCCGCAACCCAUGCCUUACAGUCAGACCUUCCAGCUUGUUCCCGAUGAGAACGGCGGUUACUACGUCCAAAACGACGUUUUCCGAUUGUGAGUAUCGCGCAGCACUGCGAGGGUUACGCCCCCUUGCAUCAUUGAUUCUAACCACUGUUAUCUGUGCAGGGUUUACGGUUAAGCUUGUUACG